ACCUGUUUCCUCGACUGCCAUCCAGAGUCACCUGAGUGGCGUCCUCAGAUUUGGACGGCGUUGGACGCGGAGACGCAGUGAAGAUGGAUAGAAUGGCCGGCUUCAUCGGGGAGAAAGUGGGAGACAUAGUGGAGGACGCGGUGAAGGGCGCUCUGGGCAUCAAGAACAAAGAGGAGGACAAGAAGAAGGGAGGAUUUAUGUCCAAAUUUACAGGCAACAAAGACAAGAAGGAGGAGAAGAAGAAGGAUGAAGAUAAAGGAUUUUUCUCAAAGACCUUUCACAAAGAUGAUGAAGACAAGGGGCUGAAGAAGAAGAGCGGGUUCCACGGCCUCUUUGCCGAGGGGCAGCAAGGCGGAGCCAUGGGAGGAGGCGGAGCCAUGGGAGGAGGCGGAGCCAUGGGAGGAGGCGGAGCCAUGGGAGGAGGCGGAGCCAUGGGAGGAGGCGGAGCCAUGGGAGGAGGCGGAGCCAUGGGAGGAGGUGGAGAGGCUGGUGGAAACCCAGGCCAGACUGUAGCGGUGUCUGACAGAGACCUGUUUGAUGAUCUGCUGGAGGUGGCAGAACAAACCUCUGAUAAGUGAACCUUCAUCCUGUUGAAACCAUCAUCAUCAUCAUCAUCAUCAUCAUCAUCACCAUCAUUAUCAUCACCAUCAUCACCAUCACCAUCACCAUCAUUAUCAUCAUCUUUCUGGCUUUCUCCAAAUAUGGAAAUGUGUUGAAGGAAUAAAAAUGUUUAAAUGAAA